CAAUAGUGAAUUAUUUUGAAAACGAAGUGAGGUUAAGAUUAAACGUCAAAAAUGAAUUAAUUCUAGGAAUUUUAAUUAAAUCAAAAUAAGAUGGAACUACAAGAUAUAACUUAUAAUAAAAGUGAAUAUGUUGAAACUGCUUCUGGAAAUAAAGUGAGUCGUCAAACUGUACUAUGUGGUUCUCAAAAUAUCGUAUUGCAAGGCAAAGUAAUAAUUCAAUCCGAUGCUAUUAUCAGAGGUGAUCUGGCUAAUGUUCGAACGGGAAGGUAUUGCAUUAUUAGUAAAGAAGCGGUUAUCAGACCGCCCUACAAAAAAUUUAGUAAAGGGGUUGCUUUCUUUCCCAUGGCGGUAGGUGAUCAUGUCUUUGUUGGUGAGAGAUCAAUUGUGAAUGCAGCUACUGUGGGUUCGUACGUCUACAUAGGUAAAAAUGUAGUAAUUGGCCGUCGAUGUGUUUUAAAGGAUUGUUGUGUAAUAGAAGACAACACUAUUAUUGCACCUGAAACGGUUGUUCCUCCAUUUACCAGAUAUGGAGGAUCACCUGGUAUGGAAAUCGGAAGUGUACCCGAAUGCCAACAAGAUUUAAUGAUUGAAUUUACCCGAAGUUACUAUCAACACUUUGUACCAUCAAAGUUAAUUUAGUUUUAGAAUUUAUACAUUCUGUUAUUUAUUAUAUUUUAUAUGGACAAAUUUUUGUAUUUCUCUGGCCAGAUUAAAGCUAAGAACUUAUGAUUAUACACAACUUUUUACCAGUAUUGUUA